UCAACGGACACAUCUGUAAUAGACGAGACCCAAGCGAAAUGACUUCAAGUGAAAUUGAGCUCCCCGGUGAAGUGAAGACUGACGCCGCGACCGCACUCAUGGCAUCGCUCCAUUUGAUGCCCUCACCGGUCCCCAACCCGGAGAUAAAAUACACCAAGAUCUUCAUUAACAAUGAGUGGCAGAACUCUGUGAGUGGAAAGACCUUCUCAGUUCACAAUCCGUCCACUGGGGAGAAGAUCUGUGAUGUUCAGGAAGCAGAUAAGGCGGAUGUUGACAAGGCCGUGCAGGCGGCCCGGCUGGCCUUCUCGCUGGGCUCAGUGUGGCGGCGGACGGACGCCUCCGAGCGGGGGAGGCUGCUGUUCAAACUGGCCGACCUGGUGGAGCGGGACUGUGCCUACCUCUCAACGUUGGAAUGCCUGGACAGUGGGAAACCUUUCCUUACGACCUUCUACGUGGACCUGCAGGGAACCAUAAAGACGCUUCGAUACUUUGCCGGCUGGGCGGACAAGCUGCACGGAUUAACCAUUCCGAUGGAUGGAGAUUAUUUUACAUUCACCAGGAACGAGCCCAUUGGCGUGUGUGGACAGAUCAUACCGUGGAACUUCCCCCUGCUGAUGACUGCGUGGAAGCUGGCCCCCGCUCUUUGCUGUGGGAACACCGUGGUCCUCAAACCGGCCGAGCAGACCCCCCUCACCUGCCUCUAUAUGGGGGCGCUCAUCCAAGAGGCCGGGUUUCCACCGGGAGUCGUCAAUAUUUUGCCAGGAUUCGGUCCAACCGCAGGAGCGGCCAUAGCCUCGCAUAUGGGCAUAGACAAAGUGGCUUUCACAGGAUCAACUGAGAUCGGGAAGCUGAUCCAAGAAGCAGCUGGCAGAAGUAAUCUAAAGAGGGUGACGCUGGAGCUCGGAGGGAAGAAUCCCAACAUCAUUUUCGCAGACGCAGAUUUGAGUGUGGCGGUGGAGCAGGCGCACCACGGCGUCUUCUUCAACAGCGGCCAGUGCUGCACCUCCGGCUCCCGCAUCUACGUGGAGGAGCCCGUCUACGAGGAGUUUGUGCGGCGGAGCGUGGAGAGGGCCAAGAGGAGGGUCUUAGGGAGCCCCUUCGACCCCACCACCGAGCAGGGCCCGCAGAUCAGUCAGGAGCAGCAGAGCCGUAUUCUGGAGUACAUCCAGAUUGGGAUCAGCGAGGGGGCCAGGCUGGAGUGUGGGGGCAAAGCCCUGGGCCUCAAGGGCUUCUUCAUCGAACCCACCGUCUUCUCCAACGUCAGCGAUGACAUGCGCAUCGCCAAGGAGGAGAUUUUUGGCCCCGUCCAGCAGAUCAUGAAGUUCAAAACCAUAGAGGAAGUGAUUGAAAGGGCCAACAACUCUGACUAUGGGCUGACCGCUGGUGUGUUCACCAAUGACCUCAACACAGCCUUGACCAUGUCAUCUGCCCUGCAGGCUGGCACUGUUUGGAUAAACUGUUUCAACGCACUGAGCUGUCAGUGUCCUUUUGGAGGAUUCAAAAUGUCUGGAAAUGGGCGAGAAUUGGGCGAGUACGGCCUGAGAGAAUACUCUGAGAUGAAGACGGUGACUAUGAAGCUGCAGCAGAAGAACUCUUAAAGAAGCGGACAACCAUAGGGGGUCUCUACCUGCGGAGUACACCACUAACCGUUCGUCUCCACUAACUGUACUAAAGCACUGGGAGAGGUGAUCUACUGACCAGUCCCCCCCUGCAGUGGAAACGCAUGCGUGCGCACACACGUGCACGCACACACACACACACACACACACACACACAUGCACACACACAGACUGCUGUCGUACCUCGCUCUGACCACCACAUCGCCCCCUGCUGUUAACUUAUUGUAAUGCGCAGAGAGGGGGGUGGUGGAGGUUUUUUGUAAGCAAUGCCCAUCAUCUAAAACCCCAAAGUCAUUGCCUUAAUUCAUCCAUCUGCCAAUUAAUUUUUGUUUUAGUUCCCAACUAAAACUACUGAAACUUCUUCUGAACGAAAACAUUAGGAGGAAAUAGAAUUGACUGCUAUGUUUUAAUGUUUGUUUUAAUUUGCUUGUGAUUUUACUUAUUUUUACUACUUAACGCUGUGUAUCACCUUUUUCCAAUGUUUUAAAAAUAGUUUUGACCAAUGUUAAAAUAGAAAGCAAAUGGUUAACCUAAAAAUAUCUUCCUUUACUAUCUGCUGAAAGAGAAGUUGAUCCAUGUCAUGCAUAAAUGAUUCUGUGUUGGUGUUUGUUUGUUAUCAUGUUUAUACAAUUAUGUACUAUGAAAAAAAAUAAGAACUAAGAAAAUAUAAGAAUUACUAUAGAUUUUUUUUUCAUUAAAACCUUUUUUCCAAAAAGAAACAA